GUGAGUGACAGUGAUAAAUACGCCGACCUUUUGGUGUUCGGCUAUGCCUGCAAACUGUUCCGAGACGACGAAAGGGCUCUUUACCACGAACAUGGAAAACAUCUUAUCCCAUGGAUGGGGGACAAGAGCAUCAUGAUUGAUAGGUCGGUUGAACAAACUUAGACCGAAACAUUAUGCUAACCAUCUAUCCUGUCCGUUAGCCUGUUUCAAAAUGCAAGGGACCACUUGGGAGUUUGUCUUGCAGAAGCUUGGAAAUACGUGCAACUGUCGACGAAUGUUUUAUUUCUUGCUUGCUAACUUGUCUUUGGACGUCCUGAAAUGACAACAAAUGGUAUUUGAAGUUUUUAGAAUAACAUGCGAAGAUGCAAAUCUUAGCCAAUCUCUGCUAACGUUAGCCAUGAUGUUGAACUAUCAAUAUGGCCCUCAGUUGCCAAUUCAUUAGGCACACUAUCCUAAAGCUAAUGCAGUUGAAUACAACAACACUGGUACCAACUUUAAACAAAAACUAAACAUUACAACAUUCAUUAAGAUAUGAUUCAUUGUAGAACUGCUGUAAUAAACUGCAUAAGUCUAAGCUAGGCACCUCCUUAACUGGCAACUGAUAUUUAAAUUUCCCUUAGGUCAACAUAGGUUAGCUUUGAGUUGGACUUUGCAUCUUGGUAUGUUGGGAGAAUUUCCUCUGGAGACUUUCACUCCACGCACACUUUGUAGUUCACAAAUAUGGAAGUAAAAAUGGGAGUAUGACACAGAAGAUGAUUUAUUCUCUCUGUCCUUUUCCAAUUGAGUUUUGCUUAAAAUACCAGUGUGUACACAAAGCAAAUGACCUGGGGAUUUUAUUGUGCUGUGCUGAUAUCCACAAGGCCAGAGCAAAUUCUAACCAAGACUAAAGUUACUGCAGUUAAGGUUAUUCAAAAUAUCACAAUGACAUUUAAAACUCAGGUUUGACUAAAUAACAAAAAUGUUUAAAGGUGAUUUGAAUAGAUGUAGUACUGUAGGACUCACAUCAAGGUCUACUACUGCACUGAAGCUUUAAUGAUGUCUCUAACUUGUAAGUCGCUUUGGAUGAAAGCGUUUGCCAAAUGAUUAAAUGUAAAUGAUUUCAACCUUUCUGCAAAACAUUGCUGCAGGUGAUGGAGUAACACAUUUAAUGCCACCUCCACAUAGAACAAGUAAUAAAUUACUCCUUAAAAUAGUGCAUUUGUCCUUUUGAAUCACCUUCAUCUGCAGUGGCCCAACUUGUGUUUAAUUUGUACAGCUUUUGUAUGUGUGUCUUUAUCACAUAACCCAGUUUUUUCCCCAGCAAGGUAGGCUAAGGGGUCCUGCCAAAACCCCGAAUGCCAACCACAGCACCCCAUUUCUUUGUCUUCAUGAAGAAACUGCAACUGAGAAGUGGCGUAGAGGGACGAACCCUGGAAAAUGUCGUCCAUUUGGGUUCUUACGGAUAGAUACGAUGGGCGCGGUCACUUACAUGACCUUUCAGAGUAUGACAGCGGGUCAUGGAAUACAUCGUACCAGCUGUCGGAGGAAGAGGCCAGGAUUGAGGCACUGUGUGAUGAAGAAAGGUACCUGGCUCUGCACACUGACCUGCUGGAAGAAGAGGCUAGACAAGAGGAGGAGUACAAACGUCUGAGUGAGGCUCUGGCUGAUGAAGGCUCCUACACUGCAGUGGCCUUUAAAUACAGCGCUGACUACUAUGACCCCUCUCAGCCCACGGAGGAGGAGGAUGCUAACAAGGAAUCUGAAGAGGCAGAGCCUGAGGAGAGUGAGGAACCGUUCGUUGCUCCCCCAGGGCUGGCCAUCCCUCCUGAUGUGGAACUGCCGGCAACAAUUAAGACCCAUAACAUCAUCGAGAGGACAGCCAACUUUGUGUGUCAGCAGGGGGCUCAGUUUGAGAUAGUGCUGAAAGCCAAGCAGGCUGGUAACUCCCAGUUUGACUUUCUUCGUUUUGACCACUACUUGAACCCUUAUUACAAACACAUCUUGCGGGCCAUGAAGGAGGGUCGAUACAACCUUGUCCCCUCCAACAAGCAAGAGCAGUCACAGGACUCUCACUCUGAUGAUUCAGAUGAGGAUGGGGAUGGCAGCUACCUUCAUCCCAGCCUGUUUGCCCCGAAAAAGAGCUCUCGCCUGGAGGAGCUGGUGAAGCCUCUCAAAGUAAUGGACCCAGACCAUCCUCUGGCAGCACUUGUACGAAAAGCCCGGCAAGAAAGAAAUGGCACUGCAGCAAUGGCAACCAAACCAGAGCAAGUGACAGAUCCAGCUGCAUCAAGCACACCAGCGCAGUACACUGCUGACCCAGCAGUGUACUAUGGGUACUACAUGCUUCCUGAUGGAACGUUCUGCUUGGCCCCACCACCUCCAGGGAUAGAGGCAACCUCCUACUACAAUAAUAUGCCCUCAGCUGUAAUGGCUGCUCCCCCUACCUCCUCUGCGGCCUUGCCUCAUUUGGGGACACCCACCCCUCCUGAAACUAUCACCAUGGCACCACCAGCUACAGCCCCCUCUCAGGUCACCAGCUCUGCUGCUCCAGCAAGUGUACCAGAAACCAGUUCGAAAGCCGAAGCUCAAGUUUCCACACCAGCAGCACCAGCGAUCAUCCCCCCACCACCUGACAUUCAGCCAGUCAUAGACAAGCUGGCCGAGUACGUUGCUAGGAACGGUUUAAAGUUUGAGGCCAGUGUCCGUGCCAAGAAUGAUCCACGGUUUGACUUUCUGCAGUCUUGGCAUCAGUACAACACCUAUUACGAGUUUAAGAAGAAUUACUUCAUGCAGAAGGAAGGAAAAGGCUUGGCAGAGAGUGGGACGGGAGAUGAUGACGAUGAGUCAGACAAAUCAGUCAAGGAGCCCAAGCUGACUAAAGCUUUGUUUGCUCCCAUAUGUUUUGCCAUCAAGGCAAAGGAAAAUGACUUAUUGCCACUGGAGAAGAACAGAGUUCGACUGGACGAUGACUCAGACGAGGACAAGUUGCUGGAGGAGGAGGGGCUGGAAGCUGUGAUGGGUGGAGCUGAGAUGGUUGACAAGGAGCCUCCUCCAGUCAGUGCACCAGAAGAAAAGAGACCCUCCCUUAGUUUGGAGGAGCUGGAGGCAAAACAAGCCAAGCAGAAACUAGAGGAUCGUCUAGCAGCUGCAGCUAGGGAGAAGCUGGCCCAGGCAUCUAAGGAGUCCAAGGAGAAACAGCUACAGGCUGAGAGGAAGAGGAAGGCAGCGCUCUUCCUACAGACCCUCCGCAACCCUUUUGCUGGAGAGCCUGAGGCCAAGAGAGUUGAGCUAGACUCAUCUGCACAGCUAGAGAUGCAAGAAGCCCUUUCUGUUCUGUCUGACCUUGCGCCCUCUCAAGUUUCCUCGGCGCAACCUACGUAUCCUCAAGAUAAAAGGCCACCCAUGGAGAACCAAGGAAGCUAUCGCAGCAGGGAGGCCCCGUCCUCCUCAUCCUCCCACAUUACCUCCAGAGGAGCAGACAGAGACAGAGAGAAAGACAGAGACCGAGACAGAGACCGAGACAGAGACCGAGACAGAGACCGAGAGAGAGACCGAGAGAGAGACCGAGAUAGAGAUAGAGACAGAGACAGAGAUAGAGAUAGAGAUAGGGACAGAGAUAGAGAUAGAGACAGAGAUAGAGACAGAGAUAGAGAUAGAGACAGAGACAGGAACAAAGGGAGGGACAAAGAGAAAAAGAAGAAAAAACACAAGAGGAGGACAAGGUCAAGGUCAAAGAACAGACACUCCCUCCCCAGUGCCUACAGGAGAGCCCGCAGAUCCCGUUCACACUCCCCAGGGAGAAGGGACAGGAGGGGUAACUCAUCAGAGAGGAGACGUGAAGAGAGAGAGCGGGAGCGCCAUCAUCCCAGCAGCAGUUCCAACCUGCCCAGGGGGCAUUCUAGAUCCAGGUCUCCUGCUGAAAAAAGGAGGAACUCCUUGUCAUCCUCAGGACAGAUGCAAACUGUGGGUUCCUCUCUCUCUCCAUAUUCUUCACCUGGCAGAGUUUUGUCCCCAUCAGCUAGCCCUGCCUCCAGCCUUGCCCACUCCAGGGGUGGUUCUCAGGAGAAAGACAAGGCAGUGUCCUCUUCCAUAGUAACGUCUGUUCAGUCCAAAAUAACUCAGGAUCUGAUGGCCAAAGUGCGAGCCAUGCUUGCCACUUCCAAGACCUUCCAACCUCCCAAUUCCUAAAGAGGGCACGGGUUUCUACUAGUCGUGAUAGCCUCGGCCAAUCAGCGAGCAGCAUUCUCCGAUUUCCUGGAGAUCUAUCUGAUCUGGAUCUGUAACCCUCUGUUCCUUGAUUUAUUAUUUCAUCUUGAUUUGAGCAUCAACAGAUUCACUUUGGCCACAUUAUGUCAUCUGCAGAAUUUUAAGAGUGGAGUAAAGGCACUAAUUACUGACCUGAGAAAACAGUUCAUCAGCUGGGAGAUCAUGUCGACAGUUGACAAAUUUUGGUGCAGGGAGACUGAAAUGUGGAAAUAAUCCAUAUGUUAUUUUGCAUUCUGUUUUAAGACACCCUACUUAUCUCCCACGUGUUGAUAGUCAUUCUGUGACGCAUUACCAAAAGCUACAGGAGGUCUGUAUUCUCUCCUUCUAUGAAGGGUUGUGUUGUUUUGAUAAUUUCAUUUCUCUCCUCCCUCCUCUGGUAUUCUCCACUGUUUUCCCUUUUUAUUUCCUCCCCCAGCUUUUCUCUCCAGCACCUCACCCAUCUACUUGAGAAGCUGUUUUAAUUUUUUACUCUGUCCCUCAGCUCUAGUGCGUGGCCUUCUAUUUCUGUUCCUGGUUUGUACUGUAAGGAAUUUAAUGCAGAACUACUUUCUAAUCCAAACUGUCAAUAAAGUUUCAAUUAUGAUUUA